AUGAACUACGAGGUUGUACCAGAGUCGUUUGCUGAAAAUGUGUGGAUUGCGAAAGGAAAGACGCUUAUUGUUGGUUAUGACGUCGCUCAUCCAGGAAGGCCAACACGUGAUGAAAUAAUGAACAGGAUGCCACCGAAGAAACCUAGUGUUGUUGGAUUCUCGUUUAAUGGUGCGGUACAUCGUGAAAUGUUUAUUGGCGAUUACCAUUAUCAAAUCCCUCGUCGGGAGAGGGUGGAAGGUUCCGUGUUGAAUGCUCGCUUUAAAUGGAUGCUUGAAUUGUUCACGAGGAAUCGUGGAGUGUGGCCGGAGAAUGUUGUGAUCACUCGAGAUGGCGUAUCGGAAGGCCAGUAUAGAAUGGUUAUCGAGGACGAAUUGUUUGCAAUCAAAGAAGCAUGCCGAGAGUUCGGUAAUAUUCACGGGCGGGAGUCGUGGAUGCCCCGUUUCACCGUGGCUGUUGCAACCAAACGUCACAAUGCACGAUUUUUCGUGGAAAAGAGGGGCAUUGAAAAUCCAAAGCCAGCUACCGUAGUCGAUACAGAUGUGGUUCGAAAUGAUAUCACCGAAUUUUACAUGCAAAGUCAUCACCCGGUGCAGGUAUGGUUUUCUCUUCUCGAAUAUGCGGGUUUCUGGUGUUGA